AUGGAGAAGCAAGCAGCCAUGUCGGACUCCGACGUCCCGGAAACUACUCCAUAUCCGCCGGAUACGGUGGAUAUGCUGCCUGAAGAUCAGAAGAAGCUUGACAGGAAAAUUUUGCUUAAGCUCGAUCUCAUCCUCGUCCCGAUGAUGGGGAUGUUAUAUCUUCUUGCGUUUCUCGACAGGGCUAAUAUUGGCAACGCGCGAGUGGCUGGUCUGCAAAAGGAUCUUGGUAUCAAUGAUACUCAAUAUCAAACAGCUAUCACGGUGACCUAUGUCCCUUAUAUCGUCGCGGAACUGCCAUCCAAUCUCGUCAUCAAAAAGAUCGGGCCCCGUAUCCUGCUACCGGCUCUGUGCCUCUUCUGGGGAAUCGUCACUACGCUUCAAUCGCAAGUUAGCAACUACUCCGGUCUCCUUGCCGCACGCUUCUUCCUGGGUCUUCUUGAGGGGGGCCUCUUCCCCGGCAUCGUCCUCUAUCUGUCCUCCUUCUACCGCCGCCAUGAACUCCAGGUGCGCGUCGGCCUCUUCUUCUCCGCCGCAGCACUCAGCGGCGCAUUCUCCGGUCUCCUCGCCGCCGCAAUCCAGAACAUGGAAGGCGUCGGCGGGCUCCGUGGCUGGCAAUGGAUUUUCUGCCUAGAGGGCCUCUUCACCGUCGUGUUCGGGGUCUUCUCCUUCUUCGUCCUCCCCAACAACCCCAGCCAGGUCUCCUUUUUCACGCCGGAGGAAGUCGAAUACUGCACCCGCCGUCUAGCCUUCGACACCAACCUCCCCGACACAGAAACAGUCAGCACAAAACGCGUCCUCUCCGUCUUCAAAGACCCACACGUCCUCAACCUCUGCGCCAUCCUCUUCUGCAACGGCGCCAACCUCUUCGGCCUCGCCUACUUCACCCCCUCCAUCGUCCAAGCCCUCGGCUACAGCCCUAUAAGGACCCAACUGCUCACCGUUCCCCUCUUCGCCUGCGCCUUCGCCGCAACCAUGACGGCCGCCUACUUCGCAGAUCGCUUCAAACAACGUGGCGCCGCGGCCAUCUGCACCAGCAUCCUCUCCAUGGUCGGGGCCGCCAUGUCUCUCCACGUCCGCAGCAUUGGCGGCAGAUACACCUCUCUCUUCCUGCUGAUUACAGGCGUCUACUCCACAGCCCCGAGUUUAAUCAGCUGGGUGCCGAACAACAGCUCUGGCCACGUACGGCGGGCAACGGCCAUCGCGCUUGGGUUCGUCAGCACCAAUUCGGGAGGUAUUGUGAGCACGUGGAUCUACCCGCGCAAAGACGGGCCGUAUUACAUUUUCGCGGCCAGGUUUAAUUUGGCAUUGAUUGUUAUUACGAUUGCGCUGUGUGGGGUUCAAAUGUGGUGGCUGAGGAGAAUGAAUGGGAAGAAGAUACAGGAUCCGGACCGGAUUCUGGGGAAUGUCUUGGGAAUGGGGUUGGAGGCUGAGCUGGAUAGGUUGGGAGAUCGGCAUCCGGAGUUUGUGUAUACGUACUAA